CCUGCACAAAUGCGCAAAUGGUCUUAUGGUGACAAACUGAGCCUGUGCAGUUUAAAAUGUUUCUUCUUCAGCCUCAGCUGUGGCAGCUCCUUGUGUUGAUGUGCCUCGGGGGACUCCUGCAGACUGAUGUUUGUGGAGGUCAGCAGUCAGUACAGAUCCAGAAUGGUCCAUUGUAUCGUGUGAAAGGAUUUCCAAUGUCCAUCUCCUGUAAUGUUAGUGGCCUUGACAAUUCAAAGACUCAAGAUUUUGCUUUUUUAGUGUAUAAACCACAGAAACCAGAUAACGCACUCCAGAUUAUUAGCACUGGUGACCUAAAUUAUGCUUAUGCAGUGUACUCUAAAAGAGUGCGUGAGAAAAAUAUUGUGAUUGAAAGGCUCUCAGGGACUUCAGUUCUCUUCCACAUUAAGUCUCUGAAAGCAGACGAUUCUGGAAAAUACGAAUGUUUCACUCCAAAUACCAAUGGAGUGUAUUUCGGAAGCUACAGUGCAGAAACAACAGUGACUGUGAUUGAGGAUACUCUGAUGGCAUCCUACACUGGACCUGCAUCUCAUAGCAUCUCUGUGGGUGAAUCCCUUCAACUAAAAUGCCAAGUUUCCAGUCAGACCUUCCAACACACUCAUCUGUCUGUCACAUGGUAUCUGCGUAGUAGCAGUGACACUUGGCCCAUCAUCAGUUUGGACCGAGAUUUAACUGUAAGGCCUGGACCAGAGUUUGUAGCUAGAUACCAUUCUGGGCUCAUAGCUAUGCAGAAGAUAGAAGACACCACCUACAUCCUCAAGAUAAGGCAGGUACAGCAGUCUGACAGUGGUGAGAUCUACUGCCAGGCUGAAGAGUGGGUCCAAGACCCAGAUCGCUCUUGGUUUAGGAUUUGCCACAGGAACACCGCAGGCUCCAACAUAGAGGUCAAAGCUCUAGCCACAGCUCGUGAUGAUGUGGGACCUUUCGUUACUCAAAUUCAGGUUCUGAAAGGGGACCUUGAGGAAGGAGACAUGAUGGAGAUCCACUGCAGCAUAGAGGCUCAGAAUCUAAUUGGACAUUUCUUCUCCAUGACUUGGCUGAGAAACAACAAGAAAGUGGCUCAAAUUGGCCCCUCUGGCGUGCUGUCUGUAGAUGACACCUACGAGAAAAGAGCGAAUGAUGGUGAGAUGAGGAUUGUGAAGAAGGAGGAUACAAUGUUCAUUCUCACUAUCCAACCAGUCAGGGCUGAAGAUCAGGGCAUAUAUCAGUGUAGAGCUGCUCAAGAGGAGAAGACAGAGACCGGGGCCUUCAUCAGUGGAAAAAGCCAGCUAUCACGUGAAGAAACUGUGCGUAUCAGAGCUGAAGAGAGUGGUCUGGCUUUGGUUAUGACAAAGAAGCCGGUUAUUGUGACUGAAGGAGAAGCACUACAAAUCAGCUGCAGUGUCUCUGGAGCCAAAGGGCUGCUGUCUGUGUCAUGGCAGCACAAAAAACCUACAGGCGGCUCUUUCAGUGAUGUCAUAACCCUGAGUCGUGAGGGGGUGAUGGGAGCUGUAGCGGCUGAGUAUCAGCACAGGGGCUUGCGCAUAUUUCGUUCUAAUGUUUCUGAUUUCAUUUUUGAGUUAAGUGGAGCUCUUCUGUCUGACAGAGGUGAAUAUAUGUGCACUGUGUCUGAGUGGAGCAUGGAGAGCAAUGGCAAUCUGAAGAAAGUGAACAGCCAGUCACAGCAAGGCCAGGUUUCUGUUAAUUCUAUCGAUUCUCUUGUAAAAGUGGGAUUGAAAAGUCGUGACGUACAUGUAACUGAGAACUCUGUAAUAAAAAUGAUCUGCUCAGUAAAAGCACCUAAAGUUUCCUUAGCUGUGACUUGGAAGUUUGCACCACAUAAUUCAACUGCUCAAAAAAACAUUGUAUGUAUGGACCUUACUGGGGGCAUAUCCUGUGGAGGAGGGCAGCGGGACUAUCAGCUAGAAACUCAAGUGCGAGAAUCAGGCACAGAUUUUAUUCUCACUGUGUUGAGAGCAAGUAAGCGGCAUGAGGGACGUUACGCAUGCCAGAUUGAUGCAUAUGACAAAAAUGUUCAGAAAACCAACAAACUCUCCAAUCUACUGGCCAUCACUAUACUCAGACCUGUUAGCAAACUAUCUGUCUCCGCCAAUCUUAAGUCUCCUCUGAAAAUCCAAGCCAACAGUGACAGUGUGAUUGAUUGCUUGGUGACCUCAGCAACUUCUAAUUCUUCCUGUUUUGAGGUAACAUGGAUACAUGGUACACGGACUCUGCUGAAAAUGGAACUAGAAGGGGUGGUCACUCUGGAGAUGGACGAAAGGAUCAGCAUAAGAAGGACUAAGAGACAGACCUUCCAACUGAUGAUAAAACAGGUUAAAUCAACAGACAGUGGACACUACCACUGUUCAGUACAGGAAUGGAUUCAAGAUCCUGAUGGCAUCUGGUAUAGUCUUGGCACAAAGUCUGUCACCAUGGAACUAGAAGUCUUUGCAAAAGAAAGUGAUUUCAGCAUGGACAAAUCUAAUGUUCAACUGGAGGCCACGGAGGGAGAACAGGUGGAACUGAGCUGCUCACUGGGGCCUGGUGGACUUGACCCCACAUUUCGUUACUCUCUGAGCUGGUUCUUUCAAAGCCAAGAUCAGAGUUUGUCCACAGUUAAGCUGCUUACCUACAGCCAUGAUGGACGUCUGCAGUUCCAAGAAUCUGAUCCAGAACUUCAACAUAGACUUUGUUUCUCCAGACCCACUAUUAAUGUCUUCCAUCUGUCUAUCUUGAAUUCCAACCCAUCUGACAGUGGAAGCUAUUACUGUGAGGUAGAUCGGUAUCAAGCUGAUUGUAAAAGCAAAUGGGAAAGCAAGGGGAGUGACAAAUCUGGUUUUACCAAUGUCAGUGUACAUUUUAUAGAGAAUAAGCUGCAAGUACACAAAGUCAGUCGCUUUCUCAAUGUUAGUGAUAUUCAAACUGGCUUCGUGGUGGAAUGUGAGAUCAGCUCCCGCUCCAGUGAUAAGUCUGUGUUUGAAGUGACCUGGUCCAGGAGGCAGCGAGAUGAGCUGCCCCUGACCAUUUUCACUGCAAGUCGAGAUGGCACUCUACACAGCACAAUCCUUGAUAGAACUCUGGUGUAUGACCGGCCCAGUACCACCCGCUACACACUCACUGUGCCCAAUGUUGAUCCCUCUGAUAAUGGCCAGUACCAGUGUCAGGUUGUGGAAUGGCUACAGACAGCUACUAACACUUGGAGGAAGGUGGCAGAAGACAAAUCAGGAGAACUCUCUAUCAAUGUAGAGGUCAAGAUCAAAUCAAGUGAAGAUACUUUCACUUUGGAGAUGCCUGCCGCUCAUCAAAACGCCACAGAGGGAGAGCAGUUGGACAUUAGUUGUUCUAUUAAUUUUGAUAAAAUGGACCCCACCUUCCAGUACACUCUCACCUGGGUUGUGGAGAGGCAGGGCUCCAGUGCCAGCACUUUUUUACUAAGCCAUACCUAUAAUGGCUAUCUAGGAUAUCAAUCAGAGAACAAGCAGCUCAAUGGCAGGCUACUGUUUUCCAGGCCCACACCCAAAAUCUUUUCUCUCACUAUUUUGAAUUUGGAUCCAUCUGAUAGUGGAAACUACCAAUGCAGGGUUGAACAGUACCAAUUUGACUGUGAAGGCAAGUGGAAAAAGAGGGGAUCUCCACAACUGGUUUCAACUAUGGUCAAUGUGCACAAAACAGAGAGUAACCUGAAAGUACGCAAAGUCAGUCCCUUUCUCAAUGUUAGUGAUAUUCAAACCGGCUUCGUGGUGGAGUGUGAGAUCAGCUCCCGCUCCAGUGAUAAGUCUGUGUUUGAAGUGACCUGGUCCAGGAGGCAGAAAGAUAAGCCGCCCCUGACCAUUUUCACUGCAAGUCGAGAUGGCACUCUACACAACACAAUCCUUGAUAGAACUCUGGUGUAUGACCGGCCCAGUACCACCCGCUACACACUCACUGUGCCCAAUGUUGAUCCCUCUGAUAAUGGCCAGUACCAGUGUCAGGUUGUGGAAUGGCUACAGACAGCUACUAACACUUGGAGGAAGGUGGCAGAAGACAAAUCAGGAGAACUUUCUAUCAAUGUCACAGUCUACCAUGCUGAUGGUCUUUCCCAUAAAAAUGCAUGCUCUUCUGGAAUAAUACUGGGCAGCCUAAUUCCUCUGCUUUUCCUCCUGCUUGUGGGUGUAAUAAUUCUGCUGAUUAAAGUUCAGAAGACAAGGUCUACUUCAAAAAACCAGAAGAACUCUCUAUGGGUUGAAAAUACCCCACUCAAGGCUAUUACAGAUACAGCAACAGCGAGGCCGCGAAUUAGCCAUCAUCUCAGUCUCCAGUUAGCUUAGCCUGUUAGCUAGCUAGCUAGUCGUGUGAGGGAGAGAGAGCGACGUUGCUAAAGUUCGGCGCUGUGCCUCGAGAUGCCCGCGAUGUUGGAAAAGGGUACGACGGAGAUUUCAGGGAAAAGAAGAAACUCGGUGAACAACCCAACAAAAAGUUUUACUUCCAACGGCAACAGUGAUGGCGAGCAGGGUAAGUGACGGGUGGUAGCAGGCCCGGGUUGGCUAAUCGGGAGCAGCGGGAGGAUUCCCGGUGUUGUCAUGCCACUGGGUUGAAAUACAGAUGUCUGUUAUUGAAGUUACAUGUUAUUUGUUGUAAUGACCCUGACAAGAAGUGCAUUCAGCAUUGGGGAAAAAAAAUAACAUAUUUUUACUCAAAAAUAAUAUAUCUAUGGUAUAUUGCUUGUGUGUUUUGAAGACACUCUUAAUUCAUUUGUAAUGUAUUUGUAAUACAAAAAAGUACACUUUAAUAUCACUAAUCAAGCAUGCAAUUAUCUUACACAGGCAUAUACUUAAAGUGUACUAAGUAUAUUUGAAAUUGUUCCAAUUUAGCACAUAAAAGUACACUAAAUACACUUAAAGUUAUGCUUUACUACAAUUUAAUUACAACUAAAAUAUACUUAGCACAAAGUUGUUCCAAAAUAGCACACUUCAAGUUAACUAAUCAUUAACACACUUAAACUAUACUGACAGUUAGUCUGGCUGCAAGUAUACUUAGCAUAUUUUUUUUUCACUAGAGAAUAUCACAAGACUUUAGAGUUACUGAUUCACAAAAUGCACCAUGUGGUGAAGGCAACAACUACAGAUCAUCUGUAAGGAGUAAUGUUACAUGGUAACAGUAAACAGUAGGGAAGCUUUAUAAAGAAUAAAGACAUGCUUUUAACUUUCAUAGUAUUAUAGUAUUACUGUACAUUCUCAUGUGUUCCUAUGUAUGAGUUUAAGCAUCAAUGGCACAGUUAUUUAAAAACAUGAAACAGCUGUACUUGUCACAUCACCAUGUAAAAAGGAAGUUAGUUUUUGUGGUAGUAUGUGCUGUGCAAAGACUUUUGACUAACAGCUUGUGGUUUGUGCUGUCACAUAAGCAGUACAACAAACACACAAUGGAAAAAAACUAGAUUCAACAAAAUAUUUCUACAUGUGUCUUUGCUUUGGAUAAAUGACGUUAGUGUAUUAAUAGCUAGCAUAAAAUGUAUGUAAUGCAUGUACAUAAAAAGAGUAAUUUUUAUUCAGUUUUUUUUUAGGUGUGUGU